AUGCUGGAAGACGAAGACGAUCGGAUUGAGAAGAUCUGUCCAAUCUGCAAGAAGGAGGCUAGCAAACGAUGCUCUCGGUGUGCCAUGGUGUACUACUGCUGUGUCGAACAUCAGCAGCAGGACUGGAAGGUGCACAAAGCCACCUGUCAUCCAUUCAAAAUCUGCUCGAAUGAACAGUACGGUCGGUUUUUGGUGGCAACGCGUGAUAUUAAAGCAGGGGAGAUUAUACUGAAAGAGGCGCCGCUAGUACACGGACCAGCACAAAUCACCGGUCCAGUCUGUGUGGGAUGUUUGCAGGGACUGGAGGAGAAAAAAUAUAAAGAAUGUGAACGCUGUGGAUGGCCCGUCUGUAAGCGAUCCUGUCAAGAUCAUCCAGCUCAUCAGGCAGAGUGUAAAUUUACCAUUGCGCGGGGCAGUAAAAUUUCUAUCCAGCACUUCUAUGUGCCACAUCCAACGUACCAGUGCUUAAUGCCAGUGCGGUGUCUGCUGCUGGCCGAGAGUGAUCCUGCCCGUUGGGAAGCGCUGCUAAAAUUGGAAUCACACGAAGAAGAACGGCGCGGUUCGGAGCAAUGGCGAAACGAUCGAGAAGGUGUUGCCAAGCUGAUUCCACGAUUCUUCAAGUGUGAAAACAAAUGGGACGAGGACGAGAUACUGCGCGUGGUUGGCAUUGUUCAGGUGAACGGCCACGAAGUCCCACUGACGGAACCAUCCUCGGUAGCGAUCUACAACAUGGCAUCGAUGCUGGAACACUCCUGCCGGCCAAAUCUGUCGAAAAGUUUCACUAAUCGCGGCGAAGUGGUCAUCUGGGCACCGAACGCAAUUCGACGCGGCGAGCGGCUCAGCAUCUGCUACACGGAUGUGAUGUGGACGACGGGCAAUCGGUUGGAACAUCUGCAGCAGACAAAGAUGUUCCGCUGCGAGUGUGAGCGCUGUAAUGAUCCGACCGAGUACGAGACGUACUUCAGUGCGCUCAGGUGUUCCGGCUUUCAGAAGGAUUCAAAGUGCAAGGGCUACCUGUUGCCGGUGGAUAAGGCCCAGUGGACUGGCGAUUGGAAGUGUUUGCGAUGCUCGAAGGAGGUGACGGGUGCGGCUGUGGGACAGAUCCUGGAACGGGCCCGUAUGGAUCUGGAAGCGAUGGAAAAACAUCGGGAGGAUCACUGCAAUAAGUACAUGAAGCACUACUCGAAGUGGCUUGCCUCGAAUCAUCAGUUUAUGGUGGAUGUGAAGAUUUCGCUGUCGCAGGUGAUUGGCGGCAACAAUCCGGAAGCGAUCAAGAAGAUCCCGUACGAUAAGCUGAUGAACAAGAUCAAGGUUUGUCAGGAAUUGAUUGCGCUGUUCGAGAAGAUUUGUCCCGCCGAAGCUCGUGCAUUCGGUGCCACCCGGUUCGAACUUCAUGCCGCUCUGGCCGAGCUUGGGCGACGUUCUACGGAGGCAAAUAAUUCAGCUGCAGCAGCAGUACAGCUGGAAGACUCGCUGUACAAUGCUACCGAGUGCAUACGAAUGCUGCUACACGAACCGUCCGUGCUGAUGGAAAGCAAAAUAUGUGCACAGGCCCGUGUGAAUUCCAAUACGCUGAAGGCACUGCUAGGCAUCAAGGAGUAG